AAGCUUAUUUUAAAGAGCAAGAAAAUGUCUGCAAAUAAACUACCUUCUUCAGCUCAGGAGUUCCAAGAACUAGUCCGUGGUGGUUUUGUCUCUAGAAAACUGCUUCUGCACAACCCAUUUGACCACAACCCUCAAGGAGCUUUUGCGGUCGCACCAUCUACUCACAUAACUGAUGAGAACAACCUGAGUGGGAAUGUCUUGAUGCUUCUGUCAGUUCUAGUCUGUGGAGUCAUUUGCUGCCUCGGGUUACAUUACAUCAUUCGUUGCGCAUUCAGACGUUCUCCAAGUUUCAUGAUCUCUGAGCCCGUCUCCAGUAUUCCAACACGACGCGGCUCAUCAAACAAAGGAAUCAAGAAGAAAGCUCUGAAUAUGUUCCAUGUCGUUAGCUACUCACGUGAGAUGAACCUGCCGGGGCUUGGCGAAGAGUGCGUCAUCUGUCUGUCUGAUUUUGUUUGUGGUGAAAAGCUUAGGUUGCUCCCUAAGUGCAACCAUGGGUUCCAUGUUCGUUGCAUUGACAAGUGGCUUAAACAACAUUUGACGUGUCCAAAAUGCAGACACUGUCUGGUUGAGACAUGCCAAAAGAUUUUAGGUGACUCCAGUCAAGUGACGGCAACAGCACCAACAGAGAGCCUAACUGUCAGGAUAGCUCCUUUAGAGCCUGAAGGAAGAGUAAACACUUAUAGAGAAAGCACCUAAAUUCCCAGAAUAUUUUCACAAGUUAGAUAGAAGGUUAUAGAUCUGAGCACAAUUCAUAGAAAAGUUCCAAAAGAAAAAGUAGGAUACUUCAUUUUUAUGUCUUUCCCUUUUAGCAUCUAGCACAAAGUGUAUACAGAGAGAAUAUAUUUCACUUUUAAGCAGCAUAUCACUGAGUUCAUCAAACUUCUCUUCGCAUAAGUAAUUUUUCGGUCGAAUGU